AUGUUCUCCAGGAAGAGUGUCGCAAUUUUGCUGCUCCCGCUGCUACAGGGGAGUAUCGCAGGGCUCAUCCCCCGAGCAGAGACAUCGGGUGCGAAUGGAAAAACGCCCAACAUCGCCUUUUUCCGUGAAGAUGUCAUAGUCCCAGUUGGGCAGAAGGCCGUGGUCGAAUUCGAACGCAUGCCUACCGUUGGAGCCAACGUCCCGGCUUCGAUCUACUCUUUGUCAACUACCGUCACGGUCCCGGCCGGUUAUACUGCUGUGAUCCGUACCGUGGCGGAUUCGGCAGCAACAAACAGCGGUGCGCCCAAGCCCCCGCCUGCUGCAAGGACCUCUGCUUCCGCGGUGAACUCGAACUCGGCUUGGGGAGGAAGUGUGCCAGUUGCUUCAUCUUCUUAUAACCCUCAGGGUUCAAACACGGGUGCGCCCAAGCUCAACACCGGAUCUACCAAUAAAACGCCGACGUUUUCGCCCAAUACCUCGACGGCAAAGAUCAACAGGCCUCAACAGAGCUCUCAAUCUUCUGAAUCGUCUGCGCAGUCGAAAACGCCGUCUCGGGGCUCGAAUCAGACCCCAACUAUUACCAAGCCUCGAGGAUCUAUUACGCCCACCCCGACACACACCCAAACCGAGUGGCCCUGCGAGGUCUUCGGGGGUGAAUACUGCCAAUGCUCUUACACGGAUAAGCUGGGUCAGAAACACUAUACGACAAUGCCGCUCCCGUCCGAUGCCCAGUGUACCAAAUGGAGCAAAUACCCAGGUCCCACAAGCCAUACCGCCGAGCACACCCCAACCCCCGUCAUCAUUUCCGACUACACCUCCAGCAACACCAACGGCUUCGAGGGAGUCUGGCAAAGCGCAACUCUCAAAUACAUGGGAGUCGACAAUGGAGCAGGCACCCAGCUGCACGAAACCGAGACCAUUCCUGUUGGCACCCCGACCAAGAUCAUUUCGACCGCUACGCCGACUGCCCAUUGCGCCUAUUGGCGGUACUCGGGCCCGUCGGGCGAUGCGUCAUGCACUUCCCAGGAGGGCACCUUCCUGGGCGUGGUUUGGGGUAUUGAGCAUUGGGAUGUUGAUCCCAAAGACUUGCAACGAAUGAUGAGCCUAGCUGGUUUCAACGUCCAGAGGAAUACUGACCGCUGGGGUACGGUGGCAUCAAUCGAUUUGGGCAGUGACAUGCAUAGCCUGCCACAGAAGAUCAAAAACGCCAACGGCCCUGCUCUUAAAUGCACGCAGCCUCCUCAGGACGGCCCUGACAAGUGUCCACAGGGAAGACCGCACCCGGCUGGGGAAAUGAACUGGCUUCAUAAUACCUUCCCGAAGUUCAACAUUGGUGCUUAUCCGCUUGUUCCUUGGUGA